CUGACAACGUCGUAAUAUUAAGCGCAAUUUUGUUUACCUCGAGCGAACGCGUGUAGUCCGCCGUUGACAAUCAAAAUUUAAACAACUCCCCAGACUUUACCAUAUAAAUAACUUAAUAAAUGCCAACAGGUUUAACAAGCUGAUCUAAUAAAUGUAAUUGUUUAUAUUUCAAUGCGGUUUUCCUUCGGCAAAUCGAAAAGAUAUCACAUUAAUAGUGCAAAGUGCGCGGCUUUUAAUAAUAUUUAUUUUGUUAUUUAUGUUUGCAGCAUGUAUGUGAUGUAGAUGCAUAUCCGAUAAGUCCACGAUUAAAAUAGCAAGUCAUCUUCUGGCAUUUGAUGAAUGAAGACGAGUAAUGAAGAACUGUCUUCAUUGCAUAUUGCCUAAUAGAAUUAUAUUGCAAUUAGUUCCUGACUUAUGUAUGCCGAUGUCGAUAUAAAACAGUGAACGAUGCUGCUCGAUUCGGGCAAAGACUGUGUCUCUGUGAUAUUAGUUUUAUUCAUACAAAAUUUCCUUGGAUCAGAAGCCAUCGAAUGUUAUAAAUGCGCAUUUGCUCCAUACAUUUACUUCACCAAUGAAUCAUCUUUUUGUAAAGAUUUUGACCAUUCUAACAGAUUCAUAGUAGAUUGCCCUUACUCGACGUUUUGUGUAAAAAAGAACACGUACGCUAUUAUUAACGGAGUGUCAAUAAAUGGUACUGAAAGAGAUUGUGCGUCCCAAAAACUUGACACGCAACGUUUAAGUAAUGGUAAAUGGCAUCCUGAAACCAGAGUGGAAGAACCAUAUGAAGAAGGGUGUAAGGCAAAUGAAGAUAAAGGUCUGAGAACAGCUUAUGUAGAACACUGCUAUUGUAGAGGCGAAUUGUGUAAUUCAGGCAAAACUGUAUUCGAAUUUGGACUUUUUACAAUUCUAUUAAAUUCUCUAGCUGUACAUCAGGCUGUUGGCUUUAUGUUCUUAUAAUAAAUGUUUUCCUGAUAAUUAUUAAAUAAAUUAAAAGACAAAGUGCAUAUAAAAAUACAAAAGAAUAUAGUAAAAAUUAUGUAGAUAACUUAAGUAGAUAAUCAGGUUUAUAUUAUUAUUAGUUUCUAUAUAUGCGAUUGCUUUGACGCAAGGCAAUCACUACCAGUACAGCAUUUGUUGGUAUCGUGUUAUCUUGAAAAUGACAAAGUACACAUUAUCAGUUAUGUUGAACGCAUAAUGUAACAAUAAAAAAAAUGGAAUAAAUUUAAA